AUGAAUAAAGGUGAGACUUCCUGGUUUGUUUCAGGGGGCGGUAGUCGUCUGGAGUCUGUUGGAGAGGAUGACGAGCUGAUCGUGGAGAAUGGAGAGGCGGGAAGUGACAUGGUGGAGAAACCGACACGAGGCGGACGCAAACACUCCCUGCCUCAGCAGUUAGACACUGUGGGCGUCCGACAGGAGUAUCAGAUAGUUAAGAAAUCAGCCCGCUCCCUGAGCACCUUUCAAGUGGAGUCUCCAUGGCGACUGGCCCAGCCGUCUAUUAUAUCCAACAUCGUCCUCAUGAAAGGACAGGGCAAGGGACUGGGCUUCAGCAUCGUCGGUGGUCAGGACUCUGCCCGAGGAAGGAUGGGGAUCUUUGUCAAGACUAUCUUCCCUAACGGAGCAGCGGUCGCAGAUGGAAGACUGAAAGAGGGAGAUGAGAUUCUGGAGGUGAAUGGAGACUCUCUCCAGGGCCUGACCCACCAGCAGGCCAUCCAGACCUUCAAGCAGCUGAAGAAGGGCGUGGUAACCCUGACUGUGAGGACUCGUCUCCGCAGCCCCAGCCUGACUCCGUGCCCUACCCCCACCCUCCUCAGUCGCUCCUCCUCCCCUAACUCCAACGCCAGUGGGGGAACCCCCAUACCUUCCAGUUUGAACGAAACACCCGAAGUCCGCAAGGGACCGCCCAGACCUGGCCCCAAGGACCGCGUCGUUAUGGAGGUUACACUCAGUAAAGAGCCCGGCGUGGGUCUGGGUAUAGGGACCUGCUGUCUAACUCUGGAGAACAGCCCUCCAGCCAUCUACAUCCACAGUCUGGCCCCCGGCUCUGUCGCCAAGAUGGAUGGACGACUCAGUCGAGGGGACCAGGUGUUGGAGGUGGACUCAGUGAGUCUGCGUCAUGUGGCUCUGAGUGAGGCCUACGCCAUCCUGAGCGAGUGUGGACCCGGACCCGUCAGCCUCAUCAUCAGCCGACAUCCCAACGCCAAGGUUUCAGAGCAGGAGAUGGAUGAAGUGAUCACUCAGUCCACACACAGAGACAGUCUGAGCAAGGAAGGACACGUCUCUCAAACACUGGGCCUGCCCUCUAAGAGCCCCUCCCCCACAGUGAAGCAAGGGUCACUUAGUUCAGAGGCGGAGCUAUCUCAGUACUUUUCCCAGGAAGUGACCAGUCAUUCGUCGCUGUCAGAAACCAUGGCCAUGGGCUCCAGUGAUGACGACAUGCUCCACCACAGGAGCUGCAACACCUCAAUAGACGACACCACCCCUACACAGACACAUGGAUUUAAAGACGGCUCCUGUGUGGUAGUGGAGGAUGGGGCAGAUGUUAAGGCCCCCGGUGACCCUCUGGCUAACCGGCCGGCGGAGGCCAAGCAGCACCAGCCCAGUGUGGGUAGUCCUGGUAGCAGCUCCGUCCGCAGCCCACUGCUCCGACAGAGACGGGUCAUCUGCUAUGAGGAUGAGAUCAGCGAUGAUGAUGAUGACGAAGACGAUGCAGUGACCACGACGGUCCGCCGGGUGGCUGGUCAUGGCACUACCCCCGUGGUGCUUGCUGACUCUGGUACCGUGAACGCUACAUCAUCAGUUGAGGAGAGCGAGGGACCGCUCUCCCCGCUCUACGGAAUCUCUCUGGGGUCAGAGGAAGGGGUCGGGGAAGGAGGGUCUAGCCCCACGACAGGCCCCAGUAACCUGGUUGUGAGGAAGGACCUUCAGGGCCCCCUGGAGCCCAGACGCUCCCCUAAGCUGGAACACAAGGCUGUGACCCGCGUCAAGAGCGUGAUGAGCAUCGAGGCCCCGCCCAUCCAGCCAACUAACCAGCAGAACCAGAGACCCAAAGGAGAGGAGUCUCUGACCUCCCCAUCCUCCCAGUCUCUGGCCCCUCAGCCUGGGGUUGUCUCCAGCCGCUCCCUGGGCCGGCCUGGGUCUAACCCCAACCCCCUCCGUAAGAAGGGCGAGGCCUGCGGCGAGCUGGCGGGGGUCUGCACCAUCGACAGGGUGGUUCUGAGGAGGAGUGAGGAAGAGUCCUUCGGUCUGGACCUGGAGAUCAAGUCGUCUCCUCUGAAGGUGGUGAUCACCGGACUGAGGCCUGGAGGAGCGGCCGAGAGGGAAUCCCAGGGCAGGAUGUGUGUGGGAGACGAGAUCAUAUCGAUCGGGGACACUCCCGUCGGCUCCUCUUCCUACCGCGACAUCUGUGAGCUCAUGCACAACCUUCCUGUGACGCUCAGGCUAGAGGUCAAGAGGCCUGUGUCAGCUGUAGAUCGCCUCUCCAGCCUCGUGAUGUCAUCGGGGAGUUGCGAUGUCAUCCAACCCUCCAUACUGGAUCAGUCCAGAACUUCCCAGGAGGCCAAUGGGGGUUCUCCAAAUCCAGGAAUUCCUUCCUCCUCCUCCUCAGCAGCAAAUCACAAUUUCAAACCCACAGCCCCAACCAACCACAGCAGUGAUAUACCUGUCACCUACAUCGAUGACGUCAUAACCGAACUAGGUUCCUCCGAUGUUGAGAGUGCGCUCUCAUCCAAAAACCACAAAGCCCCUUCAGAAGCACAAUGUGCUGAGACUACAUCCUGCAAGUCAGCUCUAGACAGCAAGGCCCUGCUAGAGAAAGACAAAAGUAAUGUUCAGACUCCUCCAACACGGCCCAGUCAGUUGGACUUCUCUGUCUUGGACUCUGGAAACAAUGGUCGCCUCUUGCCUGUGGGUAAAACAUUCUUGAACAAUUACUCCAGAAACUUUAGCAGUAAUCUCACAGACGAGGGGAAGAAUGUUCUUUCAAACGGGGUGGAUAAACCACCUGGCGCCUCAAAGUGCCACAUGUACAACCAGGUCGAUGACAGCGAUUCAGAGAGUGAAGACACCGUCACGGACAACAGCCACGGCGCUGCCGGCGCUGAGCCACAGGACACAGAUUCUGAUGAGGAGGAAGUGGAGAUUUGUUACAGUGAGGCCCAGCGACCCGGCACUCUGAGCCAGGUAGCGCUGACUCACCCAACAGAUGGGCCAUUGUCUCCCCGGCUCUCUAUCCCUAUCUCUGGCUCUGGCUCUGACGGCAGCCACAAUACAAACGAGUCUGGGCCCUUUGAUGUAGUACUAGACUCUGCUGCUUAUGCCACUUCUGAUGCUGCCUCUCAGCAUAACAAAGACUGCUCUGUGGGGCUCAGCAUCAAGAGUAAGAACAAAACCCAGCAGCAGCAGCUUUCCCCGAAACCAGCCAGAGCCGAAAGUCCGGCGGUUCUUGGGAAAGCAAGCAAAACUUCCCCGCUCCAGUCCCCCAAACUGCAAGCCAAGAAGGUAGACUCUCCUCUGCCAACCAGAAAGGCAGCAGCCUCAUCUAGCAGCUUAAAGACUGGCAAACAGUUGGAACUGAGCAGAAUCAGUAGCAGGAGCCCCACCUCGCCCAAACCAGGUGACCGAGCCCAGGACAAGUGCAAACCCAAGUCCAACCCCACUACCACGUUGGAGGCAGCACAGUCAGCCAAGUUGGAGCUUCACCCUAACAAAGAAGAGCAAGUGACACCAGCUACGUCCAAGGAACAACCGGAGCCAGUCCCAACUACCCAGAGGACUUUCAUUGAGGUGCGACUCUCAUCUUCCUCUUCUACUCUUCCUUCUUCCUCGUCGUCUACGCCAGUUCUGAUGCGAAAGGAAACGGUUAAUUCAAAGAAUUACUCAAUUACCCAAAUGACUCAUAUACCAGAUAUUACGUCACAGGUUAAUGGAAGUGCAGUAGAGACCAAUCUCAGGCCUGCUGCUCCUGCACCCCCUGACUCUGUGUGUAAUCCAGAAAACGUCACUACAAAUUCAGCAGUGAACUCAAUAGUCCUAGAAUCCAUAGAUGUGGUUCCUUUGCCUAUAAGCAAUGGUAUCAUAAACAUCUCUCUCGGAAACUCCCGUCUAACAGAUAUGGCUGUGGAAAACCUGAAAGCCAACAAGUCCAAACUGAAGAUGAUGGAGCGCCGUAGUUUCUCCACGGACAACAGCGCCCCCGGGGAUCCAAACCCCUUCUCUGUCCGCCAGAGAAUCAUGUCCUUUGAGAACCUGGCCAGCUUCGACAAGCCAGCGCUCAAAUGUAUCGAGAUCCAGUCCUUCGCUCAGUCCUAUGCUCUGACGGCAACGUUGAAGCCGCCUCUCAACCGAAGACUGUCUGGCUACAUGUCCGGCUCGGUGAGCUCCAUAGACUGCCGCUCGCUACGAAGAAGCUUCAGCUCAUGCGUCGACAACUUUAACGCCUCAUCCCCCUUGACCCCUUUGUCGCCUCAGCUUCGCAAGUCGCCGUCAAGUCUGACUCUGCCGAACUUUGACAUUUUGACACAAAGCUGCAGCGCAAACGAAGCUCCACUUGGACAAACACGGGACAAACCCGCGGACGGCGAAAUCUCCAAAAUGUUGCCCCCAGGGGGUGUGACCCUAACUCCUCAAACGCCCCCGGUGAUGCGGCGCCGCCAGGCUCGGGGCAAUGCUAACCUGUCCCGAUCCAGAUUGAGGGAGCUCAGGGCCCUUAGCAUGCCCGACCUGGACAAGCUGUACACCGAUGACUUCUCCAGCAACCCAGGGACCAACGGCACAUUUAAGACGGAGCUGGAGAUCAACCCAGCCAGGUCCACAGAGGCCCUCCAGAACCAGACAGGGUGCUGUCAACUGCCUGCUGAACCCACAGGUGUGCCCCCGACCAGGGACAGCCAGAGCGACGCUGGGGCCAGCAACUGGUCCAUCAGUUUGACAGUGCUGGCUGGCUCUCCGGUGGAGCAGAGUAAGCUGCAGACGGUCCUGGCCUCGCUGACCUCCAAGACCGACGUGUUGGCCCUGCUACAGGAGGCCAAAGCUCUCUCUCAGGUUAAAGAUGAUACCCACUUUGUAGUCUUCUCCAAAGAAGAGGGUUCAGGACUUGGUUUCAGCAUCGCUGGAGGAGUGGACCUUGAGCAGAAGUCUAUAUCUGUCUAUCGUGUCUUCUCCAAAGGGCUGGCUGGCCUGGAAGGUACCAUUCAGCAGGGGGACAGCGUCCUGUCCAUCAACGGCAGAAGCUUGGAGGGGACGUCCCACGGAGAAGCCCUGUCCUGUCUCCAUCAGGCUAGACUGUCCACUCAGACCCUGGUGGUCCUUCGCAGGGGGAAGGACAGUGAACCCCAGAUGUCCCCGAGACACCAUAACCUGUACCACUGCACAGGACGAAGCUACUCCCCAGGGUGCAGAGACAACGGGCCUGAAACAGCUAGACCCGUAGUGGUGGAAAUGGGUCCUGAUGGGGCUCUGAGGGUACAGCUCCUGAAGACAUCAGCUGGUCUGGGCUUCAGUCUGGAGGGGGGCAAAGCCUCGGCGCAUGGAGACCGCCCACUCAACGUCAAACGAGUCUUCAAAGGUGGUGCUGCGGAGCUGUCGCGUGUGGUGGACGUGGGGGAUGAGGUACUGGAGGUGAACGGGAGCUCGCUGCAGGGCCUCAUGCAUUACGACGCCUGGAACAUUAUCAAGACUGUCAGCAAAGGCCCCGUGCAGCUUGUCAUCAGGAAACCACGGACCUCUGUAUGACUCAACAGACAUAUCGACUGGACAUACAAAGAACUCAUAUGUCAGCUUGGUUGACGUGUAACCUGACAUCCAUAGAAUGGAUAUGUCAGCCUCGUUGACGUACAAUGGUGAAACACAGGAUUUCUGUAUGGCCGAUGGACUGGUCAGACAUAUCUUACACAACUCCAAGGUGACAUAUAACUACAAUGGAGAAAUGUCCUUUUUUAAAAUUAUCUUUUAAACAUAUUCUAACGAGGCUUACAGACAUGUUGGGCUAACAUUGCAGGGUUAUUCCCCCCCCAGAGUAAAUUUGGUCCGGGAUGGAUCUAUGUCUUACAGUGUGCCAAAAGAACAAGAGAGACUUUCACUUGUUUUACUUUUUUUACUUUUCUAUGACGUCCCCUUGUGAUGAUGUUUUUAAUAUCGCUGACCUACUCAGGCGGUGGUGCUGUACUGUACUGUGUAGGAGGAUAUUUUGUUAUCUAAGAAGGUGGGUGAAACUGUUCUUCAGUGCACAGUGCAUUCUGGAAAGUAUUCAGAUGCCUUGAUUUUUUCCCACGUUUUGUUAUGUUACAGCCUUCCUCUAAAACGGAUUAAAUAAAAAAAAAAAUACUCAGCAAUCUACACAAAAUAUCCCAUAAUGACAAAGCGAAAACAGAUUUUUAGAUUUCUUUGCGAAUUCAUGAAGAAAAAUAUUUUUAAAAUACCCUAUUUCCAUAAGUAUUCAGACCCUUUCCUAUGCGACACGACAUAGAGGUC